UCACCCCACUAGGAAAGGCGUAGCGGCAGGAAAACACUUGAGCCCCCUCGGCGUCGAUCUCACUGGCUUCAACAUCAAGGAAAAUCUAUCACUAGGUAUCGUGGUAGGAAGUAGGUGCUUGCAACAUGGUGAAAAUGGGAGGAAGUUAAAGGAAAGAAACCAGAGAAUGAGACUAGCAAACAAGGAAAAAAGUACUCAAGCGUAA